AUGGAGUUACUACGUAAUGUUAGUGUUUUAAAUAUGUAUAUUGGAGAUUAUGAAAGCUAAAGCGAUCUUAAGAGAUAAGGAUUGUGUGAUAUUUGCGGUGUUUUCAAUUUUUCAUGAUUCACACUUCCUAACCAAAUACAGUAAGUAUCACACAAUAAUUUACAAAACGACUUUUAGUGCCACUCACAAUCAUACUCUCUCAUUGAUUUGCUCCCUCAAAACCAGUCAACCACACCACCAUUUUUUUUUCUCUCUCCUUGAUCUCUGAACCUGCAGCAUACCCUCUCGGCACCGCUGUACAUCCGCCAACCUCCCUUGGCCUCCACAAUCCGCUAUCCGCCAUCCGCUCUUCCCUUGGCGAUGCAGUUGUAAAAGGGAGCUUAGGGGCUUUUGAUGGUUUGUUGGGGUUGCUGCUGAUGUCUUGCUAUUAGAUAUAGCUGCUCAAAUAAAUCAAAGAUGGCAGCCUUGCCCUCCAAUAAUCUUACAGUUUUUGUAGACUCGGCUUUGGCCAAUCAGAAAUGCGGAGACUAUUUGGUUUUUAGAAGUGAAACAUAUCUAGGAAAUGAAUUGCGUACAGCCUUGUACUUUAUGGGUCUUGCUUAUUGUUUCAUCGGAUUAUCAGCCAUUACAGAUAGAUUUUUUCGCUCCAUGGAGAAUGUAGUUAAGCAGACUCGUAAAGUGGUGGUAAUUGAUCCUUUGACUAAGGUUGAAAUUGUUAGAUAUGAGAAGGUGUGGAAUUAUGCAAUUGCAGAUAUUGCUCUUCUGGCUUUCGGAACUAGCUUCCCUCAGAUAUCUUUAGCUACCAUUGAUGCUAUAAGGAACCUUGGAAGCCUUAAUGCUGGAGGCUUGGGCCCUGGAACUCUAGUAGGUUCUGCUGCAUUCGACCUAUUCCCAAUCCAUGCUGUUUGUGUAGUUGUUCCGAAAGCUGGAGAACUGAAAAAGAUAUCAGAUAUAGGAGUCUGGUUGGUUGAGCUAUUUUGGUCCUUUUGGGCUUACAUAUGGCUAUACAUUAUUUUGAAGGUUUGGACUCCCAAUGUAGUUACUCUAUUGGAGUCAUCUUUGACAGUGUUGCAAUAUGGCUUACUGCUGUUAAAUGCAUAUGCUCAGGACAUGCGAUGGCCUUACUUAUCUCUUCCUUUCUCGAGAUCUGAGAGGCCUGAGGAGUGGGUUCCGGAAGAGGCUUCACCGUGUAAACAUGAAAACCUCGGAGAAGACUCUGUUAAUUCUGCUGCUGAUUAUGAAGACAGAAACAUUGUCGACAUCUUUUCCAUUCAUGGUGACAAUGAGACAGGUACAUAUCAGGCCCUGUCUUCAGAUGAAGUGGCUGAAUCAAACACUGAACAAGAUAUUAGAAACAUAAAAUCAGACAAUGCCACUAUCCUGUCACUUUGGAAGCAACAGUUCGUGGAUGCACUCAUGUUUGAACAUAAAAAGCUGGAGGGUAUCUUUCUAAGGUCGGUCAGAUUCAUCUGGUUUUUGCUUCUCCUACCAUGGAGGUUCAUGUUUGCCUUUGUGCCUCCUUAUCGUAUUGCUCAUGGAUGGAUAGCCUUCAUCUGUUCUCUACUCUUCAUCAGUAGUAUAGCUUUCAUAGUGACAAAGAUCACAGAUAUGAUAAGCUGCGUGACAGGAUUAAAUGCUUAUGUUAUUGCUUUUACGGCGUUGGCUGCGGGUACCUCUUGGCCAGACUUAGUGGCCAGCAAGAUCGCUGCUGAGCGUCAGACAACGGCUGAUUCUGCUAUUGCAAAUAUCACCUGCAGCAAUUCCGUGAACAUAUAUGUGGGCAUUGGCAUCCCAUGGCUAAUCGACACAACAUACAAUUAUUUUGCAUAUCAUGAACCAUUGAGGAUUGAAAGUGCCGAGGGUCUUAGUUUUUCAUUGCUUGUGUUUUUCUGCACUUCAGUAGGUUGUAUAUCAGUUCUGGUACUGAGGCGUCUUGUGUUUGGUGCCGAGCUUGGCGGACCUAGGAUCUGGGCAUGGAUCACAAGUGGGUACUUCAUGUUGCUUUGGCUUAUUUUUGUUACUCUGUCCUCCCUCAAAGUCUCCGGCCUUUUGUAAUUUCGCAAGUCCAUAUAUUUUGCUCUAGAUUUAUGCAAAAUUAUUUCAUUUAAAAUUCAUAAACAUUAUAUAAUAGUGUGAUAUGUACGGUGCAUAUAGAAACAUCAAAGAAAAUGAAAUUUUUUCAUAGAUAUAUAAAGCUUCAAACAUUACUUUGAUGACAUUCAA